AUGGUCUCCCUUGCCACGACUUCACGCAACCCGGCGCUACCGGCCACACCUAACAUCUCUCGAUCCAAGAUGCCACCGAUUUCUUCUCCGGUUCCGAUCCUUAAAAACUCCAAAGCUCCCAUGGUUACUGGCACGAAACGAAAAAUGAGCGACAUGGACCUCCUCUCCCCAUCCUCCUCCCAAGCCGAAGACUCUGCCGAAGGGCUUCCACACACCAAAAAGCGACCCCGCGUUCAGUUCGACCGUGACGUGAAGAUGCACGAUCAUAAUUCCUCGGAAAAGAGCCUGACAGUUGUUCGGGAGGAGGUCCGCGGUGCGAUUCACCGACAUGUCGCCAUGUCAGAAAGCGAAGCCUACGAUCGGAUUAAGGGUUAUUUUACCACCGAUCCCAAACAGCAAGGCGAAGACAGCUUGCUCGCAUACGACUCACCAACACACACAUCUUUGAAGAAUCACCUUCUCGGUCUUCUCUCACAUGUCGCCUCCUUGGACCGCUCCUGCAGCGGGCUGGUCAAUGCGGUUAUCAAUAGCGAGUGGCUCGGGCGCGACGAAUCCUAUGUGAAGCUGUACAUCCGGUUUCUAGGUAACCUUGCCGCGGCCCAGGGGACCUUCCUAGGUCCUGUCUUGAAAAUGCUGGCCACCAACCUCGGGAGCGUUCCUCGAGGAACUGGUCGACUGCCUGGCUACGCUGUUGUUCCGCCAUCCGAGAUUCACACUCGCGUCCAUGCGGCGCUUCGCCAUGUGCUGCGACUCAUCCCCGCCGGCAGUGGAUCGCUGUCUCCGAUUCUAUCCAGCCAGUUCCCCGUCGACUCCGACCCCGCCAGCGCGAACAUCGCCUACACCCGCAAUCUUAUUCAAAUCAUCACAUACGCCCCCGAGCUCCAGUCGGAUAUACUGGCCCUAAUUACCGAGAAGCUUGUCAAGGUCGACGUUCAGAUCCAGGUCGAUAUGGAGGACUUUGAAGAGGAGGUUGGCGAUGAUCUCCUGCAGGACAUCGAUGAUGAUCAAGAUGAUGAUGCCUCAGUGGCCAGCGAUGAUUCAGAGGAGGAUGAUAGCAAAGCGGCUCAGAAGAUCAAGGAUAACAUUCUCAAAGUGGACGGGAUGAUUGAUCUCUUAUUCGAAUACUUUGCGCCCCCCUUCGCCUCAGGCAGCCUGGACGACAAGGAGAACGCCUUGGAUCUGCUCCUCAGCCACUUCCAGUCGAUUAUUCUUCCUACCUACCGGUCUCGUCACUCGCAGUUCCUCUUGUUCCAUUUCUCACAGGCGUCCCCAGUGCUUGUCGAUCGCUUCGCGUCCACAUUUGUGCAGUUGAUCUUCAACAAGACGCAACCUGGCAUCAUGCGCCAGUCCGCAGCUGCGUACCUGGCUAGCUUUGUCGCACGUGGCGCACAUAUAUCUGGAGAGGUGGUCCGCGAUGUGUUCGACCUCCUCCUCACACACCUCGACAGCCUUCGGUCGGACUACGAGGAGGGCUGCCGCGGCCCCGAUCUCCGCCGCUACGGACCUUUCUACUCCACCGCCCAAGCCUUGCUCUACAUCUUCUGUUUCCGUUGGCGGGAUCUCACAACUGCCGCCAUUGAUGGUGACACCGCGGAUCAAGUGGACGAGCUCGAGCCGGGCCAGAUCGCAUUCCCUCCCAACAUCAAAGCAGUCCUCCACAAGUCAAUAUACUCGCGACUCAACCCGCUCAAGGUCUGCUCACCGGCCAUCGUUGCCGAGUUCGCCCGCAUCGCCCAUCACUUCCAAUUCCUCUACGUCUACCCACUCCUCGAGACCAACAAGCGUAUUCGCAUCACAGCGUUCAGAAGCAUGUCCAGCCUCUCCGAUGGUCGCUUCAGCCACGUGGGCCGCGAGAUUCGUGCCGGCGAUAACAGUGGGUAUCAACUGGAUGCAUACUUCCCCUUCGAUCCAUACCAACUUCCUCGCAGCCGGCGCUGGCUGGAAGGUGACUACGUCGAGUGGCGCGGUAUUCCAGGCCUCGACGAUGCCAAUGAUUCGGACAGCGGAGCCGACGAGUCUGACGAGUCUGAUGGCGAAGACGUCACCGAGACCGAUGAGGAGUGA